AUGAAAGCGCAUCGAUUAAUUUGCAAAUAUUCCCCCCCAAAAGUUUUCUACCGCUACUUUUCCCAAUGUCCCAUCCACCUCAGUCUAAACCCCUUCACUCGACGACUCUUCAAGCUCCCAUCUCCGCCCUCACCACCAUCUACCAACCACAAUGACCUCCCCUCUUUCCUUUCCUACUCGGAGCGAAUCGCCCUGCCUCAAACAAGCACGACCUACGUAGGCACACACUACGAGUACACCGUCCAACAAACCCUACGCCAAUUUGCCUUCACCCUCGACCGCAUCGGGGGCCGCGACGACGCCGGCAUCGACCUCGUGGGCACCUGGCACCUACCGCAGCGCGAACAUCCCCUCCGCGUCUUCGUACAAUGCAAAUCCCUCAAGACAAAACUGGGUCCGAAUCUCGUCCGCGAGUUGGAGGGUACAUUUCGGCAGUCCCCGGUUGGGUGGCGCACGGGUGAGAAGGCGGGUGUAUUGGUUAGCACGCGCGAGGCGACCAAGGGUGUGCGCGAUGCGAUGGCUAGGAGUACGUACCCGCUUGUUUGGAUGAUGGUUGAGCGGGAUGGGACUGUUCAGCAAGCGCUUUGGAAUGCGAGAGUUGAGGAGUUGGGAUUAGGGGCGUUGGGGGUGGAGACACGGUACGGUGGUCAUGUCGAUGAUGAUGGUGAUGCUUCGGCAGGGAAGAGGAUUGCUCUCACCUGGGACGGUGAGGAUAUACCUCAUAUGGAUGAGGUUGAGAAGCAGAUGGCUCAGGCCGAGGCCAAGUGGAUGGCCUUGUGGGAUGAAGGAUUACCAAAUUCCGAGAGUGGCGAGCUUGAGUUGCUAGAGAUUGUAGAGACGCUGUUCCCUGAUGAAAAGCCUUUACUAGCUACGGGGCCGACAGGAGUAUGCAGCACUCUGUCUGACGUGGACAGGGCUAGGGUGCUGCAAGUCUUCCGCGACAGACUACAUGCACGUCAGCCUGAAGGGAGAUCGGAAUCAAAUGAAACAUGA